CGUGUCCUACACAUUAAUCCAAGCUAUAAUUACUUGAUUCUUAAUUUGCUUACAAUUCCUUCAACUACUAAUUAAGUAUAUCAAUAUAUUGCCGGCACAAUUCGCACAUAUACUAUAUAUCUAGUCUAAUGGAAUUAGUGGAGUAUAGAAAUGCUUGGGAACUUUCUCAAGUCUUUCAUGCAUGCAGAUAUAUAUUCUCUAUAGAUAAUAUGCUCCGGAUAUGCAAUGGAGUCCGGACCAAAAGUGUGGAUGCAUGCUUAAUUGGUUCGUUAGUUAGUUAUCUUCAAUCGUAUCGAUCGAUCGCAUCAAAAUAGGGAUAUCAUAUAUCGAUCGGAUCGAUCUUGAUUUUUUUUUCCUCUCUUCAUCCAUCGCCGCCAUGCAGGCGCGCCGGCGGCACGCCAGGCAGUGCCGUCUGGUCGUCGCCGGCCUCAUCAUCGUCACCACGCUCCUCUUCUUCACCGGCGACGCCCCUCGCGUCUUCAUCGACGCGCCCACGCAGAACCAGCUGCCGCGCCGCCUGCCGCUCAGCCUCGCCGCCGUCCGGGAGGCCGCCACAUGGCCCGCCGACGCCGUCCUGCUCCCGGACUGGGAGGUCCUCCUGCUCCUGCAUCCCAACGCCACCGCCAUCGCCCACAACGCCACCUGCGCGUUCCAGGGCGCCGCGUCGUCCCCCGCGCGCGCGCUCGGGAGGCUGCCGUCCUCGGGCCGCCACGCCUACACCUGCGCCAUGCCGGAGCCGGCGCGCCGCCACCAGCCGUUCCACGCGCCGCGGAUCGUGGCUAUGGACGCCGUCCAUGCCUCACCGCAUGAUGAUGAUGAGCUGGUGAUGAUGGUCAAGUGGAGCGGCCGCCUCGUGUACGACUCGGUCGUGGUCGACGGCGGCGACGUGCUCGUCUUCGCCAAGGGCGUCAACCCACGCCAGGGAGUCAACCGCCCGGCCUCGGACGUAAGGUGCGUCUACUACCGCGGCCGCGGCGGCAGCGCCGACGACGUGGUGGCGUCGCUCCCCGCAGCCACGUCGGCGCAGCAGGUGUUCCGGUGCCCGCCUCCGCCACCAGCAGCGUUGCUACGCGUGACGCUCGCCCUCGCCGGCGAGGAGGAGCCCAUCCCCUCGGUGGCGACCUACAGUCUGCCUCCAGCAUCGGCGGCGGCGACGCACAAGAGACGACAUAAAAUCUGCGCGUGCACCAUGGUGCGCGACGUGGGCAAGUUCGUGCGGGAGUGGGUGGCGUACCACGCGGCGGUGGGCGUGGGCCGAUUCAUCCUCUACGACAACGGCAGCGAGGACGACCUAGACGAGCAGGUGCGGCGUCUCACGGCGGAGGGCAUGGACGUCACCACGCUGGCCUGGCCGUGGCCCAAGACGCAGGAGGCCGGCUUCUCCCACAGCGCGGCGGUGCACCGAGACGCGUGCGAGUGGAUGGCGUUCAUCGACGUGGACGAGUUCAUCUUCUCCCCCAACUGGGCCACCGCCGCCUCCCCAUCCAGCUCCAUGCUCCGGUCGAUCGUCGCCGUGAAGCCGGACGUGGGACAGGUGUCGCUCGGGUGCGUGGACUUCGGGCCGUCGGGGAGAACCACCCACCCGCCGGAGGGGGUGACGCAGGGGUACACGUGCCGGCGGCGAGCGGUGGAGCGGCACAAGUCGCUGCUCCGGCUGGAGGCGGCGGAGAGGUCGCUGGUGAACUCGGUGCACCACUUCGAGCUCCGGGAGGGGAAGCGCGGCGAGUGGAAUCGGCGGGCGCGGGUGAACCACUACAAGUUCCAGGCGUGGGACGAGUUCCGCCUCAAGUUCCGCCGCCGGGUCUCUGCCUACGUGGCAGACUGGACCCACCGGGUCAACCUCCAGUCAAAGGACCGGACGCCCGGUCUGGGCUUCGACCCGGUCCAACCGGCCGGUUGGGCCGCCAAGUUCUGCGAGGUGAACGACACGCUGCUCCGGGACGUCACGCGGCGGUGGUUCGCCGCCGCCGGCGAGAGUCAGCUCCAAGCAGCCCGUUGAUCGAUCGUGCGCGAUUAGGAGAUCGAUGAUGAUGCUUCAUUAUUAGCGCGCUACAGGUAUAUUACAUGCAUACAACAGACAAUUAAUUAAAGAUUGAUUAGGUUUGAGUUGAUCGAACAACUCAAUCGUUGAUUCGUUCAUCCAUUUUUCCUUUUUGUUGGUUGUUUUUGGCAUGUAUAUAUACAGUUGGCUAAAAAAAUUUUCUUCCCAAAGGAAAUAAUAUAUAUGUAGCUUAGCUGUAGAGAUUAAAUUAACACGCAUGGUUAUGAACUGUAUGCGUUACAGCAGGCUGAAUUCUUUUCUUGCUGCAACAGGCAAGUUAAGUAUAGACGCAGGGUACAAAAGGUCUCUCAAACGUUGAAUAUACACUUCAUUCAUUUGUUUA